CCUAACAGCCAAUCACGUUGCCGUUUCUUCCAGGGCGCGUCAUCGACUUGUAAACACGUGCUUGCGGAGCGGAGUGUCCCAGUUUGUCUCCGGAGACAAUUUAAACAUCUUAAAACCAGGUUUUCUAUCGUCCUUAAAAUGGCAAAAAGCCUCCGGAGCAAAUGGAAGAGGAAGAUGCGGGCUGAGAAGAGGAAGAAAAAUGCCCCCAAGGAGCUGGCCCGUCUGAAACAAGCUCUGAGUCUGGAUAAGAAAGGAGAAGCUGUCAUGGCUGACGUGCAGGAGAUCGCCACUGUGGUGCCAGCUGACAAGAUCAAGAAGCAGACAGAUGUGGACAUGGCGGGGGCGGAGGCGGAGGGUGACGACGGGAAGAUGGACUUGGACAGCAAGCGCAACAAGACAACUCUGUUGGAUGAAAAUGGUCAGUACCCUGCCUGGAUGAGUCAGCGGCAGGCCAAGAAACUGAAAGGCAAACGGAUCGCAAAGAAAAGUGGCCAGGGCAAGAAGAAGAAGGGUAUCUCCUGGUGAGCCAGAGGGAAGACCUUUGCUUUGCCUUAAAGACUUCUGACGCAGAAACACACGUCAUCGUUUCUUGUAUUCUUUUAUACGCGAUUGCUGUGGAUUUUCUGCUGUUGAAUCUCAGUCUGUUCAGUGGAUUACAAGAUUCCCGGUUGUGUCACAGAGCUUGUUAUUGUAAUUCACUGCAGGGACAUUUUUGUUCUUAUGGAACAGCAGCUUCAUUUCAGUGUUGGGACGAGUUUAAAGACAGUAAGACUUGUCUUAUUACAUCAUAGCAGGUCAGGUGAUUGUCCUGUUCUCUACUACAGUUUAAAUCUUUUCAUACUUGGAUAAAAAAAAAAGUUUAUUAUGGUAUAGUCUUGUCAAAUCAUCAUUAUUACUGGGGAACUCUUAGGGGUUGAGACGCCAGCUAUGGACAGCAAUGUCUCAGGUUUGAGUCAGACAUUUGUUGUAUGAUAUUCCUCAUUCUUCUCUCCUCGUUUCAUGUUGUCUUCCUACUGUCAGAAUCUCUCAAUUGAUCAGAAUAGUUGCUGCGUAUACUAUGAUAUAAAAGAUGUAUGCCAAAUCAUAAAUGAAUGAACUGUGUUGUAAAUAAAACACCUCACACAAAUCAA